UAUUAUAAUUUGUCUAUAAAUCAAACCAAACUCACCCUCUCUUCCAUUACCUCAAAACACUCAAAUGAAAGAAUUCUGGACAUCUUUCGCUUCAAUUCUCGGCGUUUUAGCCUUCUGUCAAACUCUAACCCAAAUCCUCUUCCCACCGGAGCUCCGUUUCGCCUCCGUCAAACUCUUCAACCGCAUCUUCUCCUCCUUCUCCUCCUCCUGCUACUUCGACAUAACCGAAAUAGACGGCGUCAACACCAACGAGCUUUACAACGCCAUCCAGCUCUACCUCAGCUCCUCCGUCUCCAUCUCCGGCAGCCGCUUAAGCCUCACCCGGGCUCUCAACUCCAGCGCCAUUACCUUCGGCCUAACCAACAACGACUCCAUUUUCGACACAUUUAACGGCGUCACCGUCCACUGGGAACACGUCGUCACCCAGCGGCAAUCCCAGACCUUCUCAUGGCGGCCGUUACCGGAGGAAAAGCGAGGUUUUACACUACGGAUCAAGAAAAAGGAUAAGUCUUUAGUUCUUGAUAAGUAUCUUGAUUACAUUAUGGAUAGAGCCAAUGAAAUUCGCCGGAAAAACCAAGAUCGGCUGUUGUACACGAAUUCCCGAGGUGGGUCGUUGGAUUCGAGAGGCCAUCCAUGGGAAUCGGUGCCGUUUAAGCAUCCGAGUACGUUCGAAACGCUGGCGAUGGACCCGGUUAAGAAGCAAGAAAUAAUGGAGGAUUUGAAGGAUUUUGCCAAGGGGAAAUCUUUUUAUCAGAAAACUGGAAGGGCUUGGAAAAGAGGGUAUUUGCUAUAUGGUCCUCCCGGUACUGGAAAAUCUAGUAUGAUCGCCGCCAUGGCUAAUUUUCUUGGCUAUGAUAUUUAUGAUCUUGAGCUAACUGAGGUACACACUAACUCUGAGCUUAGGAAACUUUUAAUGAAGACUACUUCCAAGUCAAUCAUAGUCAUAGAAGAUAUUGAUUGUUCUAUUACUUUGAGCAACAGAAAAAAAACCGGUAAUUCAGUUAGGACUUACUAUGAUAAUGAUAUAAUUCGCGGCGGCGGAGGGGGAGGAGGUGGUGGUGGUGGUGGGGAAGAGGGUGGAAAUUCUAUAACUUUAUCUGGGUUGCUAAAUUUUACUGAUGGGUUAUGGUCAUGUUGUGGAAGUGAAAGGAUUUUUGUGUUUACUACUAAUCAUAUUGAGAAGCUUGAUUCUGCAUUAUUGAGAUGUGGGAGAAUGGAUAUGCAUAUUUUCAUGAGUUAUUGUUCAUUUCCUGCUUUGAAAAUUCUGUUAAAAAAUUAUUUAGGGUAUGAUUAUGAUUAUGAGAUUGGAAGGGGUUUAAAUGAUGGGAUUUUGAAGGAGUUAGAGAAAGUUAUUGAUAAAGCAGAAAUGACACCGGCUGAUGUGAGUGAAGUUUUGAUCAAGAAUAGGAGAAAUAAGGACAAGGCUGUAAUGGAAUUACUUGGUGCAUUGAAGGAAAGGAAUUUGAAGAUAAAUGGAGGACUAGUUGGCAAAAAUGUGAAUGAUUUUGAAGAUGAAGAGCAAGAAAAAAGAGCAUUGGAUAGUCCAAAAGAAGGUUUAGAAUGUGAAGAGGAAAAUUGCAAGAAAAAAGAUGAUGAUGAGAAGAUCAAGUGAUAUUAAAAUAUUUAAAAUUAAUGGUUUAGCCUUUUUUCCUUUUUGUUUUUUUGUUUUAUUUUUAUUUAGCUAUAUUUAAGAAAGAACAAUGUAGAUUGGUUAUUGGGAGUAUUAAAAUUUUGUUGGUGGGGUGGGCUAGUAGCUGGUGGAGGGAAGUUAAAAAACUGUAAUGGAUAAUAUUAGGUCUUUCAUUUUUUCUCUAUUAUAUUAAAUAUUAUUGUA